GCAUAUACAUAAGGACUUUAUUUCUUCCACUCAUAGUUUACACUCUUUCUCUGAUCUUUAAUUCUUUCUCUCUCAGCCUCCAGUAUUCAUAUAUGGAGAUGUUCUUGCAAGUAAAUCUCAAUACAGCAAGUAAGUUUCCUAUUGAUAUGGUUCAGAAAACAAGGUCAAGGCAAAAAUCCUAUAAGCACAAGACAAACUUGUGCAAGAAUGAAGUAGCAUUUCGGAAAAAGAUAAACUUUUAUGAAGUUCUUUCUCUUGGAUCACAUAAUGCAGGGUUUGAUGAGAUCAAGAAAGCUUAUAGAAGCAUGGCUCUACAAUACCACCCAGAUGUAUGUACUCCAUCAGCAAGAGAAGAGUCCACAAAGAGGUUUGUUGAGCUUCAAAAGGCUUAUGAGACAUUGUCUGACCCGGUUUCUCGUCGAAUGCAUGAUUACGAGUUGGGCUUGGUUAAUUCUGGAGGAUUUGCGUUUGAAGGGCUGCCGUUGGAGGAUAGGAAGAACAGGUUUCCAAGGGAAGUGUGGGAAAGGCAACUGCAUGGAUUGCAGCAACGAUCAUAUGCCCGAAUGGAGAGGAGGAACAAUAAAUACAUGCAAAGUUAGAUAAUUUGAUUACUGCUAAUUAUUUUAGUAUUCUUAUUGUAAGUUGUUGAUUGUUCUGUAACAAGAACCUGUAUAAGAAUUUUCUCUGAUGCCGAACCCAAAUCAUAAGCUAAGUCUAUUUCAAUUCUU